CAUAGAGAGAGAGAGAGAGAGAGAAGGCGAAGGAGAUGGGUUAGUCUGGUUUGUUGAAGUUUCAGAGUUAAGCAGCCUUUUUCUUUCUUGUCUCUUCCAUGAAUGGCAGUCUCUUUUGCUUGCACCAUCCACCACACCUUAACAAUCAUCAUUCUCGAACAUCUUCAUCCUCUUAAUCCCACCAAGUUUCUCUAAGCUGGAAGACUUCAACCACGACGCUCUCUUCACUCUGGAUCCUCUCGCCGACCAUCCUCACCACUAUUACCAACUUCUCAAUUUCAGACAUGUAGACCAGGACCAAGAACCAGCUCCAGAAGACGACGACGAUCCCGACUCCUCAAUUUCUCCCUCUCCCAAAGACCCAGCUUUUCUUCUCCGUCUUCAAUAUCUCCACCAAAAUCAUUCUUAUGCAGGUUUAGACUCACAGCUCACCUCUCUUCAUCCUCCCAAGAAGCGGUCUUAUCUCCUUCCUCCUCCGCCUCCGCCGUCUUCUUCUUCUCCUUCUCCUUCUUCUUCGUUUUCUGUUACUUCUGUUGACUAUGCGACUGGGAUGGGAGAGAGUGUCAAUCGUCACCGGCGACCGCCAACGACGUCUUCGAGAUUGGCCGUGAGGGGUGGACUGGGAGAGAUCGUGGAGGUUCAAGGAGGCCACAUUGUUCGCUCCACCGGACGCAAGGACCGUCACAGCAAGGUCUGUACCGCCAAGGGACCCAGAGAUCGCCGGGUUCGUCUCUCCGCUCAUACCGCCAUUCAAUUCUACGACGUCCAGGAUCGCCUCGGCUACGACCGCCCUAGCAAAGCCGUCGACUGGCUCAUUGAGAAUGCUAAGGCCGCCAUAGACGAGCUUGCCAAGCUUCCCGCUUGGAACCCCAAUACGGUAAAUCAAAUCGCUCUGAAAGAGCAGGAGCGAGAGCGGAAUCAGCAGAUGAACGAGAACGAGAACCAUUACCCCAUUGGAGUUCAAGGUCCGGCGGUGGAUGCUAUGGAUUCUGCUGGCCGGAGAACAGGUAGCGGCUGUAGGAUUAUGGAGCAAUUGGGCGAAAACCCUACCCGCGGUGGCUUGGAUCUUCUGCCGCCGUCGAUGGACACAGACAUUGCUGACUCCAUCAAGUCCUUCUUCCCGAUUGGUGCGUCGACGCCGGAGACGAAUUCUUCGUCGAUUCAGUUUCAGACUUACCCAUCCGAUUUGCUUUCACGAACUAGCAGCGCCUGCCAGAGCCAGGAUCUGAGGCUCUCGCUCCAGUCUUUCCAGGACCCGAUUCUGCUUCAUCAAGCUCAAGCUGAGACCCAGCACCACCAGAACGAGCAAUUGUUCUCUGCAACGAACCCAGUGGCGUUCGAUGGAUCUUCAUUCCCAGGGGAACACGAUCGAUUGCAUAGAAUGGUAGCUUGGAAUAAUAGUGCUGCCGAUGCUGGUAAUAGUAACCACGGAGGCGGCGGAGGAUUUAUCUUCAACUCGCCGCCGCCGCCGUUCGGCCAGAACCAGUAUCUUUCUCAGAGGGGUUUCCUUCAGUCCAGUAACACUCCCUCGAUUCGUGCUGGGAUAGACUCAUCAAUCGCCGCCACGCCUGAUCACCACCAGCACCACUAUCUUCCACCUACAGUCCAUCAUCAAUAUUCUAUCUCCGGCGGUAUCGGAUUUGAUUCCGGUAGCCUCUCCGGUUUUUGCUUUCCAGCACGAAGGCAGGGUGAAGAGGAGUACGACGGCGUUUCUGACAAGCCGUCCUCUGCUUCCUCUGAUUCUCGCCAUUGAACUCAUCAAAAAGAAACCCAGAACGGCAGAACUUCCGUUCAGGAUUCACAGUCGUAUCACCAAGAUGGAAACUUUAAGAUUGAAGAAGCAUCACGGGUUCAAGGAGUUGGAUUCUGUUCUCACUCGUUCUGAUUCAAUGGCGUGCCGUUUGUUUUGGGCCAAUUUUCCAGGUUUCCCAGUCCCCGGUUUGUUUUGUGUGCGUGUGUUUUAAGUUAAAUUUUGUUUGACCAGAGAGACUAUGUUUGUUUGCUUUCAUCAUCAUCGUUGGAUCACUGUGUUAAUUCUGCGCCAGUUUGGAAGUCACUGUCUGAAAUACAAGAAUCAGAUGUUAGCAAGUGAUGUUGCAUAAAUCAUAGUACUGAAUGUGGAAGGCUAUGAAUGGUGUGUUUGGUAUUGAGUAUUGAAUGAAUGUUUCUUUUUUUUA